AUGGCUUCUUCAAGCGACAAUGCCAGACCGCUUAUCCACUUCACCCCACAGAACGGCUGGAUGAACGAUCCUAACGGUCCAUGGUACGAUGCCAAAGACGAUAUAUGGCACCUUUACUUCCAGUAUACGCCCAAUGACACUACUGGGUUGCUGGAUCUUCACUGGGGCCAUGCUUCUUCUAGGGACUUGAGUACUUGGGAGGACCAUGGUUCGAUCAUUGCACCAGAUGAGCCAGGCCAGGGUAUAUUCUCUGGAUCGGUUGUUGUUGACCAGAACAACACUUCUGGAUUUUUUAACGAUAGCGUUGAUCCUCUUCAGAGGGCAGUGGCCAUUUACACUUUACACUCUGCAGAAGCCCAGGUUCAAGAGGUUGCCUACUCCACAGAUGGAGGCUACACUUUCUACAAGUACGAGAACAACCCGGUGCUUGAAGUGAACUCGACUCAAUUCCGUGAUCCAAAGGUGUUCUGGCACGAGCCAAGUAACCAUUGGGUUAUGGUGGUUUCCAAGUCGCAGGAAUUCAAGAUCCAGAUCUAUGGUUCUAAUGAUUUGAAGAACUGGGUCUUCCACCUGGACUUCGCUGCUGGCUUGUAUGGCUUCCAGUACGAGUGUCCUGGUUUAAUUGAGGUUCCUGUUGAGGGAACUGACAAGAAGAAGUGGGUGAUGUUCUUGGCUAUUAAUCCUGGAAUGCCUUUGGGUGGCUCUGCCAAUCAGUACUUUAUUGGUGAAUUCGACGGCUACAAGUUUGUUCCAGACGACACUCAGACUAGGAUCCAUGAUUACGGCAAGGACUACUAUGCUUUCCAGACCUUUAGUGAUACUGACGAGAAAGAUGGUGUUUUGGGCGUCUCUUGGGCAUCCAACUGGCAGUAUGCGAGAAGAGUUCCUACUGAUCCAUGGAGAGGUUCUACUGGCGUAGUGAGAAAUCAUACUUUAGCCAAAGUUCCUGCCAAUCCUCAGUCGGAAUUGUUAACAUUGAUCCAAACGCCCGUCAUUGGUAGCUCUAUCAAGUCGGAGAGAAUAUUCGAGACAAAGAACCAUACUUUGAACACUGACUCUCCAAUUUCCGUUACACCCAACAAAACUGGUGUUUUUGAUAUCGAGUUGACGUUCACAGUUUCAGCAGAAGAGAACCAAAAGAAGAGAAUUAACCUCUCCAUUCUCUCCAACGUUCAAGACGGCAAGCAAGAGGACAUCAAGUUGGGUUACGAUGCAAACGUGGAAGCCUUCUACGUCGACCGUAGCAUCGAUAACGAGUUCAACAAGGACCCUUACUUUACAGACAAGAUUUCUGCCAUUGCAGAGCCAUUGGAGACUGACGAAGAUCUCAAGACCUUCAGACUUAGAGCCAUCAUUGACAAGAACAUUGUUGAGGUUUUCUUGAAUGACGGUGUUAGUGCAAUCACGAACACUUUCUUCAUGAGCGAAGGCCUCCUUCCUGAGUCCCUUGAGCUCAGUGCUUCCUCUGACGAUAUCUAUACCGUUGACCUAACCGUUGACGAAUUGGUUCCUCGCGAGUAA